GGUAAACAUUAGAGUUACUUCCCCCUGUGACUCGAGUCGACAGCAAAGACAAACGAAACUAGAAAGAGGACAGUCAAAUUCCUAAAGACAGGUUACAGUAUAAUAAUGGCAUCUUUUCGUGCAGAGACUGACAGCUUUGGAGAAAUCCAGGUUCCUGCAGACAAGUACUAUGGAGCAAACACUGCUCGUUCCAUCAUAAACUUCAACAUAGGCGGACCAUCAGAACGAAUGCCACUUCCCAUCAUCAAGGCAUUUGCGAUCUUGAAGAAAUGUGCUGCCAGGGUAAAUCAAGAGUAUGGACUGGAUUCAACCAUAGCUGACCUCAUUGUCAAAGUAGCUGAUGAGAUUAUAGCGGGACAGCUAUGGGAUCACUUCCCUUUGGUGGUUUGGCAGACAGGCUCAGGGACCCAGACAAACAUGAACAUUAAUGAGGUCAUCAGCAACAGAGCUAUUGAACUUUCAGGAGGAACAAUGGGCUCCAAGCAACCUGUUCACCCAAAUGACCAUGUCAACAUGUCCCAGAGCUCUAACGACACCUUUCCGACAGCCAUGCACAUUGCUGUCGUCCUUGAGGUCCAGGAGAGAUUGUUGCCGGGGCUAAAGGUUCUACUCAAAUCAUUGGAAACUAAAAAACAGGAGUUCAAGGACAUUGUCAAGAUCGGCAGGACUCAUCUACAGGAUGCCACUCCUUUGACCUUAGGUCAAGAGUUCAGUUCCUUUGUACAUCAGAUAGAGAAUGGAAUAGAAAGAGUGAAAGAUACGCUUCCACGUUUAUAUCAUCUAGCAGCUGGAGGAACAGCAGUAGGCACAGGACUGAACUCCAGAAUUGGCUUUGCAGAAAAGGUGGCAGCGAAAAUAGCAGAGGAAACAGGCUACCCUUUUGUGACUGCUCCAAAUAAAUUUGAAGCUUUGUCAGCACACGAUGCAUUGGUGGAACUCCAUGGAUCACUGAAUGUGUUAGCUUGUAGUCUGAUGAAAAUAGCCAAUGAUAUUAGACAUCUCGGGUCAGGGCCUCGUUGUGGAAUUGGUGAACUCUCGUUACCUGAGAAUGAGGCUGGAAGUAGUAUCAUGCCAGGAAAAGUAAAUCCAACACAGUGUGAAGCUGUUACCAUGGUUGCAGCUCAGGUGAUGGGAAACCAUGUUGCAGUGACAGUAGGUGGAAGUAAUGGCCAUUUUCAGUUGAAUGUAUUCAAACCAGUGAUUGUCACAAAUGUACUACAGUCUGUUAGACUGAUCGGAGACUCUUGUGUGUCAUUCUCCAAAAACUGUGUUGAUGGAAUAAUACCGAAUACAGAGAAGAUUAAUCGUUUUGUAAACGAGUCUCUGAUGCUGGUCACGGCACUGAAUCCACACAUAGGGUAUGACCGCGCGGCAAAGAUAGCUAAGCAUGCUCAUACCACAGGGUCCACGUUAAAAAUGGCCGCCGUGUCACUGCAGAUGCUGACUGAGGAGGAGUUUGACAUCAAAGUUCAACCAAAAGACAUGUUAGGACCAAAGUAAUGCCACUGCAACAAAACAAAUUCUUAGACCCAUGAGAGUCAUUCGAACAAGUAUUGGUGGUACACACGUAAUGAAAAUCAAAUCUUGCAAAGAUCUGUGCAUACAUUAAUGUUUUAUUUCAUCUGUUGGUCAGUGACAAUAGUCGAUAUUUGUCAUUCCCAAUAUUGUCCCCAUAAUUUUUUUCUGUCUUCCAAUAAAGACAUCUUCCUAGUUGAUGGACAAAAAUGCAUUGUCCCGUAGUCCGGUCAUUUCAAGAUUUUCGAUUAAAUUAGAGGCAUUAUAGUUAGAAAUGGGGUUUAUUUUCAAUGAGAGUUUUUAAAAGAUAAGAUUUUUUGUGCAGUUGCAAGUUAAUUUUUAUUAAUAUGUACAUGUAUCUGUUAUUGUAGACAUUAUUAAUUAACAGUAUUUGUGUUUAACAUCAGACCCAACAAUACAUUUAGUGUCAUGAGGUUUUGUUUUGUAAAUUUUUGCAAAUUUCCUUUUUAAGUAGAAGUUUUAGAAAGAGUACCUUGGGAGUUUGCUAAUAAUGAGAAAGAAGGCUAUACCUCUUACCAUCGACAUUAACAAACCUUAUUAGAAGGGGUGAUUUUAAUUCGAUUCAAAUGAAGCCAGGUAUGACAUAUAAUAUUUUCCAAGUUUAUGUAAAUGAUAACCAGAUACACAGUAUUCUUUUGAUACUGUAUAGUACUGUAAAGCCAAGAUGUAUUUCUCUGUGAUUCUGACAUUCUCAUAUCAGCAUGUAUUUGUACAGUAUACUUGUCAAUUCCUGGAGUGCCUUGUAACCACAUUCCAUUUGUAUUUCUUAGUUGUCUUUCUUUGAUCUAGCCAUCUACAGAUUAUGUGAUGAAAGAACCAGGAUUCAGUUAUUUUUUAUUGCUCUUAAUCAGAAUUAUGUAAAUAUUUCAAACCAUUUUAAUUCAAAACAUUUUGGGUGUUAAAGAUUACUAAUUUUAAACACUUUUGUCAUUGAGUCAACUAUUAAUAUGUGAGAUAUAUAAUUGUAUGUUAUUUAGUAUUGAUAUUUCACUGAAUUUGCUGUUUAGUAAUCAGCACUGAAACUAAAAAUUAAGGGUAAACAUACUGGAAUUGAAAAUUGUAUACAUGUAUAACAUUUCCACCGCCAACUGGAAAUAAUCUCAUUAUUGCAAAUUAGUCCAUAUCCACAUCACAGAUCUUUAAACUUCAAGAAACUGUACCAAAAGUUGAGAGAAAAUGACUUCCAGUUUUUUUUUUGAAAUCAUCUUAUACUCAGAAAUGAAAAUUUGUUUGAAGUUGAUAAUAGCCAACAAAAAAAACUUGCAGAACUUGGAUCAAAAGUUCACAAGUCUGUGGCUACUGCAAAACCUUAUUUUUUGCAUGAAAUUUUUUUCAUAACUUUUUUUCAUUGAAUCUUUUGUACAACAGUGAAAUUUAACUACCGUACAUUUAUACAGUACCUUUAGCUUGCAAUGCUCAUAAUUUUUUUGUCGUCUUGAGUCACAAAAGGUAUUCCAAUCAGGUAGUUUUCUAUCUUUGUUUAUUAUGAAAACGAUCUGUGAUCUUUUAUGUAUACAUAUCAAUGAUAAAAUAACAACAUAUAUGAACAUAUUCUAUUUGUGUACUGCGGAAUAGUGUUCGUGUGCAUGCAUGGAUCCAGAACAUUUUUCCAUGGGGAUGGUGUCUAAGGAAUAGUUGUGUCUGGGGCCCGGUGCAUAUUUUUGACAAUUUUACUAAUAAUGAAUUUAAUCAAUUUUAAUUUUCCAGGGGUGGGGUUUCCGGACCCCCUACGACCAACCUCUAGAUCCACGCAUGAUGUGUACAAUGUUUUUCGUUGGUUAUAUGUUUUGCUGAUUGUGCAUUUUUUACUAAACUAUUGAUUUAUCUAAAACAGACUUUCAUCCAGUUUUAUUUUGGUAACCAAUGAUAGCCUUUAUCUUAUUCUUGUCAGAGCUUUUUUGACGAUCAUUUCAAUCUUCAUUGUUUGUGAGAUUAAAAAAAAGACGAAAAAAAAAAAAAAGGAAAGUGCCAAAUAUCGC